UAUGCAAAAAAGGGAAUCUAGAUGUAUUAAUAAAAGAUAAUUGGGUACUUAUUAAGAAAGAGAAAAAUUACCUUUAAAUGGGGAUUGGAGCAAUAUUUAAGAAAAGAAAAUUAAUUUAUAUUACAGAGAUAAAAUUUAUAUCGUAGCUACUUCAGAUUGUGAUGGGGGAUUAGCAAAGGUUGAAGGGUAUUAAAUUGAAAUUGAAAUUACUUCUUUAAAUAAUGCAUCACAUUUUUCAUGUGAAGAUAAUGGAAUUUAAAAAUUAUAUGGAAUAUAAAUUAUUGGCAGUAUAUUUAUUGGUGCUUAUUGCUUAAUAAAAGGAAAGGAUGAUUUGUUUAUUAAGUAUGUCAUGAGAGUACUCUUAAUUGAUAUUAUCGCUGAAUUAUUAUUCUUCCUACAUUAUACUGUCUACUCAUAUAAUGGAGUUGGAAUCUAUUUAUUUGAUUUAUUAGGUAGUAUUUGUAAUAAUACUUCACAAUUAUUGUUUGCAUUUCUAUUUAUAGCAUUAUCAUAAGGGUGGACUAUUUUAAAGUAAGAACUCAAUAUUGUUUAAAUAUUACCAUUCAUAUCUAUGAUUGUGAUCUAUCAAUCAAUUAUGAUGAUUAUCAUUAAGUAUUUUGAUGGAAGCGAAGAUAAAUAUCAUAAUUUUUAUGGAAUUGGUGGAUGGUUGUUAAUGUUAUCAAAAAUUGGAUUGACAUUUCUUUAUUCUAUUGGAAUUUAUAAUUUAUCUAAGUAAGUUAAACAAAAAUAAUUUAUUGUAUUAAUUACUAUAGUUGGAUUCUUAUAUCAAAUACACUAUCCUGUUGUUGUAUUUAUUUCAGAGGUAUUUGUGGUUCCUUAUUGGAAAAAUCGAGUAAUCACAAUGACCACUAUUCUUAUUUCACAUUUAUGCAUGGUUUUUUGUGCUUUUAUUUGUACUACAAAAUCAACUGCCUAUUUUUAAUUGAAAAAUUAGAGUUAGACUAUAAUCUGA